GAGGGUGAUGCCCCAGGCAGUGACCUGAGUACAGCGGUUGAUAGCCCUGGGAGCCAACCCCCCUACCGGCUGAGCCAGCUACCCGCCACCAGCAGCCACAUGGGGGGCCCCCCUGCAGGGGUGGGCCUUCCCUGGGCUCAGCGGGCACGUCUCCAGCCAGCCAGUGUCGCCCUGAGGAAGCAGGAGGAAGAGGAGAUAAAGCGCUCUAAGGCCUUGUCAGACAGCUAUGAACUCUCCACAGACCUGCAGGACAAGAAGGUGGAAAUGCUGGAGAGGAAGUAUGGGGGCUCCUUCCUAAGCCGCAGGGCUGCCAGGACCAUCCAGACAGCCUUCCGCCAGUACCGAAUGAAUAAGAACUUUGAGCGACUGCGCAGCUCAGCUUCAGAGAGCCGCAUGUCCCGCCGCAUCAUCUUGUCCAAUAUGCGGAUGCAGUUCUCCUUUGAGGAGUAUGAGAAGGCACAGAACCCUGCGUACUUCGAGGGCAAGCCUGCCUCGCUGGACGAGGGUGCCAUGGCUGGGGCCCGGAGCCACCGGCUUGAACGGGGGCUCCCCUAUGGAGGCUCCUGUGGUGGGGGCAUUGAUGGUGGUGGAAGCUCUGUCACCACAUCUGGAGAAUUUUCUAAUGACAUCACAGAGCUUGAGGAUUCCUUCUCCAAACAGGUAAAGUCUCUGGCUGAAUCUAUCGAUGAGGCCCUGAACUGCCACCCAUCAGGGCCAAUGUCUGAGGAGCCAGGGUCAGCCCAACUGGAGAAGCGGGAGUCAAAGGAACAGCAAGAAGACAGCUCAGCCACAUCCUUCAGUGAUCUUCCCCUCUACCUGGAUGACUCAGUUCCCCCACCAUCCCCGGAGCAACUGCCUAGCACAGAGCCCCAACCCCAGGGCCGGCCUGAGUUCUGGGCACCAGCCCCCCUCCCACCAGUUCCUCCGCCAGUGCCACCAGGGACCCGGGAAGAUGGAAGCCGAGAGGAAGGCACUCGCAGGGGUCCUGGGUGCUUGGAGUGCCGGGAUUUCCGGCUACGGGCUGCCCACCUUCCCCUGCUUACCAUCGAGCCUCCUAGUGACAGCUCCGUGGACCUGAGUGAUCGCUCAGAUCGCGGCUCUGUCCACCGCCAGCUGGUGUAUGAGGCCGAUGGCUGCAGCCCCCAUGGGACCCUGAAGCACAAGGGGCCACCAGGCAGGGCCCCAAUUGCACACCGCCACUACCCAGCCCCUGAGGGCCCAGCUCCAGCCCCACCAGGGCCCCUGCCACCAGCCCCCAACAGUGGCACUGGGCCCAGUGGUGUGGCUGGGGGUCGGAGGUUGGGGAAGUGUGAAGCAGCAGGUGAGAACUCUGAUGGUGGAGAUAAUGAGAGCCUUGAGAGUUCCAGCAAUUCCAAUGAGACCAUCAACUGCAGCUCUGGCUCCUCUUCACGGGACAGCCUGAGGGAGCCUCCAGCCACUGGCCUAUGCAAGCAGACUUACCAGCGGGAGACGAGGCACAGCUGGGACUCGCCAGCCUUCAACAACGAUGUGGUACAGAGGCGGCAUUACAGAAUUGGCCUCAACCUCUUCAAUAAGAAGCCAGAGAAGGGUAUCCAGUAUUUGAUCGAGCGAGGUUUCCUGUCAGAUACACCGGUGGGGGUGGCUCACUUCAUCCUGGAACGGAAAGGCCUGAGCCGGCAGAUGAUAGGGGAAUUCCUCGGGAACCGGCAGAAGCAGUUCAACAGAGAUGUGUUGGACUGUGUGGUGGAUGAGAUGGACUUCUCCUCCAUGGAUUUGGAUGAUGCACUCCGGAAGUUCCAAUCCCAUAUCCGGGUACAGGGUGAGGCCCAGAAAGUGGAGCGACUCAUUGAAGCUUUCAGCCAGCGAUACUGUGUCUGUAACCCAGCCCUCGUGCGCCAGUUCCGGAACCCAGACACAAUCUUCAUCCUUGCUUUUGCCAUCAUCCUUCUCAAUACCGACAUGUACAGUCCCAGCGUCAAGGCUGAACGCAAGAUGAAACUAGAUGACUUCAUCAAGAACCUGAGAGGGGUUGACAAUGGUGAAGACAUCCCCCGAGACCUCCUGGUGGGCAUCUACCAGCGUAUCCAGGGUCGUGAACUGCGGACCAAUGAUGACCAUGUGUCCCAGGUGCAGGCCGUGGAGCGCAUGAUUGUUGGCAAGAAACCAGUCCUGUCUCUCCCUCAUCGUCGACUGGUUUGCUGCUGCCAGCUCUAUGAGGUGCCAGAUCCAAAUCGCCCCCAGAGGCUAGGGCUGCAUCAGCGGGAGGUCUUCCUCUUCAAUGAUCUCCUUGUG